AGACCCGCACCGCAGACCCGCACCGCCAUGACCCAAGUCGCCCGUGUCGCCCCCGCCGCCCCCCGGCUGCUGCCGGCCGCGCUGCUGCUCCUGCUCCUGGUCGCCGCCGGCCAGCGCGCAGCAGGGGCGCCCGUGGUCGCUGAACUGCGCUGCCAGUGCCUGCAGACCCUGCAGGGAAUUCACUUCAAGAACAUCCAAAGUGUGAAGGUGACGCCCCCGGGACCCCACUGCGCCCAGACCGAAGUCAUAGCCCAGCUCAAGAGUGGGCAGGAAGCCUGUCUCAACCCCGCAGCCCCCAUGGUUAAGAAAAUCAUCGAUAAGAUGCUCAACAAUGGCAACUCCAGCUGACCAGGGGGAAAGAGGAAGCUCAUCUGCGGGUGGUCCUGAAGCAGGCCCUGCCUUUAUAAGAACAGAAGAGAAAAGAGAAAACAGUUCCUGAGACUACCUGGACUGAGUUUUAAUGCAUUUAAGCACCUCUUAUGGGAGUUUUUCUAUUUAUUUAUUUGUUUGUUUUCAACUAUUCUACGUUAAUAUUUUACAUGUAAAAUAAUUAAGGGUGUGAUUGAAUCUGCUUAAACACUAUACCAUUAUAUUUAUCGCAUGUCAAACUUAUGAUCCUUAUUUAAUUUGAAAGUAAAAGGUUUUCAAGUGUUGCCCAGUCAUUAUGGUAAUAUUUCUGAGGAACUCACCACCUCUCAGCCACUGUGAUAGAGACAUAAGCAAGUUGACAGUGCGAUCAUUGUGAAGGUAGAGGAAUGUGUGUUUCUGUAACUGUUUAAAGGAAUGUCAUUUGUUAUUUAUUGAAAUGAUUUUCCAGUGCGUGGCCAACGUAUCUCAUGUUGAAGCUUUAAGAACUACAAUGUUCUAAAUAUUCCUUGGACAUUUUAUGUCUUUCUCGUAAGGCAUAAUGCCUUGUUUAGUGUGUUAAUUAUGCAGUGUUUCUCUGUGUCUUAGAACAAAGAGGUUUAAAUAUUUAUUGGUGUUUUCACAAAGAACAUGAAAAUAAAAUAUUUAAAAAU